CACUGCCUUCACCCGGACUUUCCGCGGUAUGGCCUUAGCCGUACUGACAACUUAAAAUUCCGCGGUCGUGAUUUAAUUUUUUUUUUCUUUUACCAUUAUUUCUUUACACUCGAUCUCUCUAUCAAAUGAGGACACUUAUUUGUCGUAACAAUAUAUAAUAAUAAAAUAAAAAUAAAUAUACCCAUAGCCAGUACUGAGUUAUGGCCGCGUAGUUGCAGUGAAACCCAAAUAAAAUGUCUCAGUCUAACACGCGGACAAAAUGUUUGAAAAAAAAAUUCAAAUAACAAGUACACACAUAUAUAUAUGUUUACACAUAGUACAGUUGUGUCAUCAGUAAUAAUAUAAAUAAAUAUAAAAUAUCACUGGACAAUGGCCGUGCGAUAAUCAUAGUAUCCAGUGUAUGAACCCAACAAAAAGUCCUCGAGACUCUCCUGGUCUAGGUCCAUUUUCCCAAGAAUAUCAUAACAGCUGGCAAGAGUCAGAGGAGUAGAGGAAGCUCGGAUAAGAAAAUAUCACAGUAUCCUGUGGUGCUGUGCAUCAAUCAUAUGUGUAUGCCAAAGGGCAGCAAGUCAUAGUAUUUUCAGUGACUGGUACAGAGAUAAUCUGGUUCUGGUUGUUGCUCUCACUCUGGAAUCUGUAACUUUCUUCUCUGUCUAGCAUCCAGCGAGUGUACGAGUGCGAGUAGUGUCCCCUCUCUAACCCCGUGGGUGCGCCGAAAGGGAGCAAAAACGCAACAACGCUGCCAUUUUGGGCUGUUGGAAGCGGAACAACUCUAGACUCUCUACGUCUCUCCGGUCUCUCCUCUAGUUUGUGUGGCCUCUGUGGCCCCUUCUUCGACACCGGGUCGUUCAACAGUUGCACACUCAUCUAUCCAACAUAUAUGUGCACAUAUAUACAUAUAUAUUUUUAUCUAGUGUAAAAUCUAGGCACAGUAGUGUGGAGUUGCGUGUGUAUGGGCAUCAUAGUCGGCCGUUAUUUGCGCGCUCAUCAGUUGACUGUACGUAAUAUAUAACUAAGUCUUGGUAUAUAUAUAUAUAUAUAUAUAUAUAUGUAUAAAUAUAUAUAGUUUAUAGUCGGUGAUUGGUCAUUGGAGGUUCGUGUGGCUGUGGUGGUUUAAAGAUUGAGCUCAGUGAGGCUACGCCGCUGUCUGCCGCCGUCCGUCAGUGUGUUCGCGGCGCUUCGCGCGACAGCAGCAGGAAAUAACAAGGAGCUGGAGUGAGAAAAUAGUGAGCGAGUGAAGCGAGAAGAAAGUAAAGCCUCGAACGGCGUGUUUGGCGGCGACCGCGAGCGCGACGUCCGCGACGAGGCGCGAGUGAGGGUGCGUGCAUGCAUGCGUUAACGAUUACACGUGUGUGUACUUGUCGUGAAUCUCGUGGCGGUUGUCGUGGUAGUGGUGAGUUGGGUGACGGCGGCAACGGUCCUAGUGGUGGUGAUCGUGCUGUUGGUGUUGAUACUGGUGGAGGUGAUUGUGACGAUUGUGCCAGUGGUAGUACUCUGCGCAUCCACAGAAUUCACAAUCGGGCUCAACAAGGGACGUACAACAAAUGUUUUAAAUGGACGCAUCGUCCAUUAUCACCCAAGUGUCACGGGAUGACGAGCUUGGCCACUUCAAUAAUGAGAAAGCACAAUUACCGAGAGAAAAUGAGGCGAAUAGCAACAACAGACCACCGGGUGGUAAAAAACCUCGAGGAAGAGGUUUGCUGCGAUCUCUCCUGUGCUGUCUUGGCAGGGGACGAGGCAGUGGCAGCUCUAAAAGCUCCAAGGCAAGUUCGCUGCAGGGCGAGGGCAGAGGGACUCCGCCUCCUGGCACCCGAUCACCGAGAUACCUUUUGCCACCCGUUAGACAUCAGGAUAUGCACAAAAAGUGUAUGGUAAUUGACCUGGAUGAAACUCUGGUGCACAGUUCGUUCAAACCAAUAAACAAUGCAGACUUCGUUGUGCCUGUCGAGAUUGACGGAACAGUCCACCAGGUGUACGUACUGAAGAGGCCUUACGUCGAUGAGUUUUUACAGAGAAUGGGUGAACUUUAUGAAUGUGUUCUAUUUACCGCGAGUCUUGCUAAAUACGCGGAUCCAGUUGCUGAUUUGCUUGAUAGAUGGGGAGUCUUUAGAGCAAGGUUGUUUAGAGAAUCGUGUGUUUUUCAUCGUGGUAAUUAUGUCAAGGAUUUAAAUAAGCUUGGUAGAGACCUUCAGCAGAUUAUAAUCGUUGAUAAUAGUCCAGCGAGUUAUAUAUUUCACCCGGAUAAUGCAGUACCGGUGGCAUCAUGGUUUGAUGACAUGACAGAUUCGGAGCUGCUUGACCUGAUUCCUUUUUUUGAAAAGCUGAGUAAUGUGGAAAAUAUUUACACUGUACUGUGUAAUAGCAAACAUCCGUACAAUCAAGUACCCGGUGGCGGUACUUUACAAAAUAAUUCGAGCCCUGGACAAGGAUCAAUGGGGGCCUCCUAGCCCCGCCGUGAGCCUGGCCUAGCGGUCAGUCUCGUUGCCUCACGUUGCACCCUCAGGAGAGCACUUGAUGAGCUUCUCCGUGUUGCUGGACUGUCUUGUCGUGCUGAUGAUGUUCAACGUUCAUCACCAGAGACAUCUUCAAAAUAGGCUAUGCCAUCUCCUAUCUGGAGAUCACCGGUGACAUAAUAAAAAAAAUAAUAAUAUUAAUAAUAAUAAUAAUAAUAAUAAUAAUAAUAAUAAUAAUAAUAUUAAUAAAUAUUUUAAAUUAAAUAAUUAUAAAUUUACGCUUCGUCUGGAGAGACGGGAAAGAUUUAGUGGAUCAAAAACGUGGUUAUUAUUUAUCAGAUUGGUACUUUAUAAUUUUGCUUCGUCGCCUUACUAUGUAUAAUUAACACUGAUAAGACUAAGGCUUAUCGCGGUGAAAAAUAUAUAAAAGAAAAAUAAUUAAAGACUUUUUGUUGGCUUCCAAAAUAAUAAUUUUUUUAUAUCUAUACAUUUACAAAUAACUCCGCGGUAUAAAUACUAAUGCAUUACUAAUGUUUUUUUUAUUUAAACUCCUGACAAGUAUUUACACCAGCUGAAAUUAGACAAAAGGUGAUUGAGCACGCAUUUGUUACGCACGGGUCACUUGUAUGCGUGAUCUCGUCGUCGAUCGCAUGGGGGAUACCUCGAGGUCAUUUGGCAAAGUCAAAAGAAUAAUAAAAAUAAAUAAAAAUAAUUCAAGUAUAAAUAAUAAUAAGGUUUAAUAAAAAAAAAAAAGAAAAAAAAAUGAUUAAUAAGAUUAUUAUAUUACCGAUUAACAAGAAUUGCACGUGAACUUGAAAAGCAUACAAAAGAAAUGAUGCAUAUCAUAUUCUUUCUCUCUCCAGACAACAGCGCAAAGACGUGCGGCGAUAAUCCUUUGCGUGUUAAAUUAAUAUAACUUUAAGACGAUAUCAUCAUUAACGAAUUAGGAUUAUUUAUAUACAUAUAUAUAUAUUUUUUUUGUUUUAUAUUUUAUAUAGAUUUUUUUUUGGGGCUAAAGGAGAAAAACAGCAGCGCGAUUAAAUAUCCACGUUCACUUAAAUCAUUUUUUUUUUUUUUUUUAAAUUUUUUUAGAAGAAAAAUGAAAUUAAAAAUUAAAAUAACAGCAAGCUUGCCACGUACAGGAUCACAAUAUGCCUCGCAAUAAUGUCGUAGUAAAAAAAUAAUAAUUUAAAAAUUAUGAAGAUGAAAGCCAAUUAAGCGGUUAAUGAAUAUUCAAUCUCAUAAAAUAAACGAAUCGUUAAAUUCGUAUUACUCUUGCACCAUUACCAACUCCAUUUACAAUAUUAUACGGGCGGUAACGUUAAUUGUCAAGGAUUAAAUAUAUAAAUCACUUGUUUAAUAAUCCUCAUACUUACUUUUUAUAAUUUAUAACUUGAUAAGUAUUUUAAUUUUUAUUAUUUUAUUUUAUCGCCAAUUAUUUUCACUUGUCAGCUUUUCAAGUCUCGUUUAAAUUCAAAUUAAGGGUAAAAAAAAAAGAUUGUAAUUAAAAAGACUUUAACUGCCGCUCCACUAGAUUUUCUUUCCGGAAGUACAAGACUUAUUUGAUGAUUGUAUUAAAAAAAAAAAAAAAAAAUGAAAAAAAAAAAAAAAACAACUCAUACUGAUGUAAUAUAAAACGUAUCUUGAUUUUUUUAAUCAUAAAUAAUUGAAUAAAAAAUAUCAGUGAUUAUUGUAAAGAGCACUUGUACUUAGCGACAGCGCUUGUUAUUAUUAUUACUAUAAUUAUUAUACAAUUGCGUAUACGUAUACAUAUAUAUAAUAUAUAUUUCCAGUGAUUUUUUUUUUUGACUACUGAAUAUAUUUUUGAAUGAUCAAUUUCGCGCCAAAAAAAAAUAAUUUACACAUAUAAUACUGUAGUUAAUGUUAUUAUUAUUUGUACUUGAGUAUAAUAACUCUUCGUGAUCAACAUAAUAAUAUUAUUGUUAUUAUUAUUAUUAUUUUUAAAACAAACAAUCGGUCCGUCCUGUUAUACUUUACUAAUUAGUGCCGUAAUUUCUAUAUAUAAAAACAAUUGUUUUGUUUACUUCCUAUUUACAAAAUAACUAUUUCUUUAAUAGUUUUUUUUUUCUUUUUUUUAAUUACAAUGUUUACUCUUUCAGUGGAAUGAUAAGAGUGUUUAUUAAUCUUGUUAAGAAUUUAAAAAAUAAUUUACCUGUAUAAUCGAUGACGUAAUUUCGUAAUUUUUUACACCGCGAGUCACGUACGUUAGUCGUGAUCGUGUAAUUAAAUAAAUAAAAAUAAAUAAUUAAUUAAAUGAAAAUGGUAUUGAUUAAAAUAUAUAUUAAAUGGAGAAUGGUGUGCAAUUAUAAAAAAAAAAAAAGUAAAUUAUCGUACAAGAUUUAUUGCAGUGUGGCAUUGCUGGGACUAUAAGUGGAAUGUUUAUAAGGGAAUAAUGAUAAUUUAAAUAAUUGAACAAACAAAAAUCAAUCAGUCGUAUAUAUUUUAUUGAUAUUACGCAACUGAUGCUCAAUCGAAAUACGCCGCACGCAACGUCGGUAUUUUAUAAGUUGACGAAAAAAAUAGUAAUCAAUUGGUGCUUCCGUAAUUAGAAGAAAAAAUAUUAAUUAAUUAAUUGAUUAAUUAAUUAAUUCAAAUCAUGAAUUUAUAAAAUGUGACAAAAAUUUAUAUUUUCAUUGUAAAUUUAUUGAAUUUUUCGUCAUAUUUUUUUUUUUCUUUUUUUUUGUAAUUACUAUACAUAUGUAUAUAUAAAUAUAUAAAUAUAUAUUUAUAUAUACACAAGAUUAAUAAUUUUAAAAAAGAGGUACGUAAAAAUUGCGAAAUUUUCAUGUAAAAAAAUUAAAGAAUAAUUGAAAU